UUUAUUUUUUCUGCCAUAGAAAAGAAAACUAAAUACGAAAAAGUGUCAUUUACGUACAAUCUCAGUUACUGUCAACCUUCAAUUCUUGAAACCUAUCUGUAUAACUAUGACGUUAGCCAAUAGAAAUACUAAUAAGAGACCCUACUAAUUAGUAGUCACUCCAUCAUCUCUCUUUCUUUGCCUUAAUUCAUUUUAUCUUACACCAACCCACCUUCCCCUUCUCAGCUUCAUUAUCUCAAGUUUCAAAUGGAGAAUUUAUUGGGUCUUUUGAGAAUUCGUAUCCACAGAGGGAUUAAUUUGGCUAUUAGAGAUGUCACUACUAGCGAUCCUUACGUUGUUGUUAGGAUGGACAAACAGAAACUGAAAACUCGAGUGGUGAAGAAGAAUGUCAAUCCAGAAUGGAAUGAAGACUUGACAUUAGCUAUUACUGAACCAAUUCUCCCAAUCCAACUGCAAGUUUAUGACAAGGAUAUAUUUUCUCUUGACGAUAAAAUGGGGGAUGCAGAACUUGACAUAUUUCCAUUUAUAGAUGCCGUGAGAAAGCGCUUCAAGAACAUCCCAAGUGGAACCAUAAUCAGAAAAAUAAAGCCAAGCAGGCAAAAUUGCCUCUCUGAAGAGAGCUCCAUUGUGUGGGAAAAUGAUCAGGUUGUUCAAAAUGUGUUUAUUAGAUUGCGAAAUGUUGAGCGUGGUGAAAUAGAGCUACAAUUGCAGUGGAUAGACAUUCCUGGUUCCAAGGGUCUGUAGGCUACUUGUAAAACCCUGUUAGUAUCCAUCAUGUACAGUGAGUAUGCUUUCUAGGUGUCUAAUUAGCUUCAUGUUUUAUGAGUCUCCCUUCUUUAAUCUGUAAAGUUCUGGCAAGAUGUUUGUGGUCUUUUUGGUUAAUUCUGUUUGAAGUUCCUAAAUGAAGUACUCAGUUUAUUGUCAUUGAUCUUCACAUUGUGAUAGACUACUAUUUUGUCUAAGAUAGCAUCUUUUGACUCGCUGA